ACAAGUCUUCCUUGUUCCUAUAGCUUGCAGGGACAGCAGUGCUUGCAAUUGGACUAUGGCUUCACUUUGAUUCACAGACCAAAAGUAUCCUUGAACUGGAAUCUGACACAAAGUUUUACACAGGUGUUUACAUCCUUAUUGGAGCUGGUGCCCUUAUGAUGCUGGUUGGUUUCUUGGGAUGCUGUGGUGCAUCACAGGAAUCUCAGUGUAUGCUUGGCCUGUUCUUCUUCUUCCUUUUUGUGAUUUUUGCCCUUGAAAUUGCGGCUGGGAUCUGGGGAUUUUCAAAUAAAGAAAAGAUCAUUGAUGAGUUAAAGGAGUUCUACAUGGACACCUACAGAAGAAGAACUCAGACAAGUGCCAGAGACACCCUGAAAGCACUUCAGUUCACUCUAAACUGCUGUGGCCUUACUGGAGCAGUGGAACAGCAGUACAUGGAUACCUGUCCAGCAAAGACACUGUCUGAGUCAUUCUCUAUGAAGCCCUGCCCUGAUGCCAUUGAUUAUGUCUUCAAAUCCAAAUUCAAUGUCAUUGGAGCAGUUGGCCUUGGAAUUGCUGUAAUGAUGAUUGUUGGCAUGAUAUUCAGUAUGGUUCUGUGCUGUGCCAUCCGCAGAGAAAGAGAGAUGGUCUAAGAGCUGCAAACCCAAGAUUCCUGCACUAUAAAAAUCCUCACCAUUAACUUUCGCGUUCUGAGAGCAUUUCUAAAACGUUAUAUAUUUGUUACCUUUUUAAUGCUUUAUUUGGUACUGAUGUAGGUUUGCUUUUUAUGUUACAGGUUAAAAAUAUAAAGGUUUAUCUGACUCAAGACAAACAUUGUACAUAAAAUAUCUGACUUUCUUGAAACUUACAUAAUUUGGAUGUAAUUUAUGUUGGAGACAAUUUGAUAUUUAAUAAAGAGUAAGGUGUAUUGUUUGUGGGGUAGAGGA